AUGGUCGAAAGCCGACAAUGCGAGGUUCUGGCCAUUGUGUGUACUUUCACAGUCGUCGCUUCUUUUACAGUCUUCCUUAGAGUAUGGUCGCGCUAUCUCGGACGCAACUUUUGCUGGGACGACUGGUUGAUUCUGGCUGCUUUUGUGCUCCUCAUAGCGGAUACCGUGGGAACAUGGAUGUACAUCAUAUUGAGUGGCACUGGCUACCAUAUCUAUGAUCUGCCUAAGAAGUCGAUUGAAGAGCAGCUUGUGGCGUUGAGAUGGAACUUCACUGUACAAAUGCUGUACCAUCCACUCAUGGGAUUGAUUCGGGCUUCUAUCAUCAUGUUUCUUUUCCGCAUGAAGGACGGUCGUCGUCGCAUAAGAUACCCAUUACACGUUACUUUCUGGCUCAACAUCCUCUACUCCAUCGGAUCAACGAUAGUCAACGUCGUACAAUGCACCCCCAGAGCCUAUGCUUGGUCCAGGCCCGCCAUGGAUAGCAUUGAUGCUAAUGGGAAUGUCGUACCAGGCGGUACAUGUAUCGACUCGCGGACAUUCGUAUUGGUAUCUUGUGCUCUAUCGAUUUUCAUGGAUCUCAUCAUCAUUCCUAUACCUUCCGUCAUGGUGUGGGGUCUUCAGAUGCAUCGACGCACAAAGAUUCUGGUAGUGAUUGUGAUGAGCCUGGGAUGGAUUGCGACGGGAGUGUCGGUAGGUAGGUUUAUCGUAUAUUACUACCGAUUUGCCCCUACCAACAAAGACCGUACCUGGGAUAUCGGUAUUGGAAUCAGCAUCGCCGAACCUGCCGUACACAUUAUGACAGCAUGCGCACCGGCGACUAAGUGCCUCUUCCGAUACCUAUUCCCACAGUAUGGCACGAAUCAGAACACGUCGUACUACCAAAACCGUACCGCGGAUACAAACCGACACAAUACCAAGGUAUUCGGGAAUUUCCACUUCGGGCUGUCCAACAACAUAGACGAUGAGAUCACCAUGGAGGGGAUGGGAGGUGCACCGAGGACUGCUCCGCUUCCGCCAGUGAAGGACGACUCUGAAUAUGGGCUGAAAGCUAUGGGAAGCUUUGAGUCAAAAGAGUAUGUUGCAAGAGGAAUAGGCAGGAAGAAGAGUUGUUCGAAGACGGCAUGCACGGAAGCAAGCGAGCCAGGCUACAAGUCAUACGCUGUCCGAACAGUCAUCUCUGGCUGGGACGAGAGCUUCAAUUCAAUCACGGGUCUCAACGGAUCUGGAAAGUCGAACAUUCUCGAUUCGAUAUGUUUCGUACUGGGAAUCAACAACUUGAGCGUGGUGCGGGCGCAGAACUUACAGGAUCUCAUCUACAAGCGCGGCCAAGCAGGCGUUACGAAAGCGAGCGUCACCAUCGUGUUCGACAAUCGCGACAAAUCGAAGAGCCCCGUUGGCUUCGAGGAACAUGCGCAGAUAUCGGUGACUAGGCAGAUCGUGCUCGGCGGCGCGAGCAAAUACCUCAUCAACGGACACCGCGCGCAGCAACAAAGCAUACAGAACCUGUUCCAGUCUGUGCAGCUCAACAUCAAUAACCCCAACUUCAUGAUCGCACAGGGAAAGGUUAUGCAGGUGCUGAACAUGAAGGCCAAGGAGAUUUUGGCUAUGCUUGAGGAGGCUGCUGGAACGCGCAUGUUCGAAGACAGGCGGGACAAGGCCUACAAGACCAUGGCAAAGAAGGAGAUGAAGGUGCAGGAAAUCACCGAGCUACUACGAGACGAAAUCGACCCCAAGCUCGAGAAACUACGAAUGGAGAAGCGUGCUUUCCUCGAUUUCCAACAGACGCAGAGCGAGCUCGAACGCCUCACGAAGCUGGUAGUCGCGUACGAUUACAUACGAUACAACGAGCGGUUACAACAGUCUGCCGAAGAUCUUGAAGCCAAGAAGCAAAGGGCGAAGGACCUAGACGAAUCUUCUGUGCGCAUGAAGAAGGAGAUAGAGAACCUCCAAGAGGAUAUCAAACAAACAAAGGCAACACGCGAGCAGGAGUUACGCAAGGGGGGCAAGUUCCAGGCACUGGAGGAAGAGGUCAAAACAAAUUCGCACGAGAUCGUCCGCCUAACGACGGUUCUGGACCUAAAGAGGACGAGCAUGGCCGAGGAGGCAGACAGGAAGGAAGGCAUUGAGAAGAGUGUCAAGGAGCUGGAGAAGCUUCUACAUGAGAAGAAGCAGACGUACGAGAAGUUGCAGGAGAAGUACCAGACAGCCCACGCCGAGCUGGCCAAGCAAACAGAGGAGGUAGAGAAGAAAGAAGAACUUCUACAAACCCUACAAACCGGUGUGGCGUCCAAGGAAGGUCAAGAAGGCGGUUAUCAGGGCCAACUGCAAGAUGCCAGAAACCGAGCGAGCGCAGCUGCCACCGAGCAAGAGCAGAGCAAGCUCAGAAUAUCGCAUCUCGAAAAGCAGAUCAAGGAGGAUGAGCCCAAAGCGAAGAAGGCAAAAGAACAAAAUUCUGGACUCCUAAAAGACCUCGAGGCAUUAAAAUCCCAAGCCAAGAAGCUAGAGGCGGAUCUGGCGAAGCUGGGCUACAACGAAGGUCAAGAGGCGGACAUGUACCAACAAGAAUCGCAUCUUCAAGCACGUAUACGGGAACUCCGACAGCAAGCCGACGGCAUGAGGCGACAAGUUGCAAACAUCGACUUCAGCUACAGCGACCCCUCCCCGAACUUUGACCGAUCUCGUGUAAAGGGUCUUGUCGCCCAACUCUUCACACUCGAGAAGGAACACACCAGGGCAGGUACAGCUUUGGAGAUUUGUGCUGGUGGCCGGCUGUACAACGUCGUUGUCGACUCAGCUGCUACUGGUAAGCAGCUUCUCGAGAACGGCAGGCUGAAGAAGCGCGUGACAAUCAUUCCGCUCAACAAGAUCGCGGCAUUCAAAGCGUCGGCGGAGAAAAUUGGAGCAGCUCAAAAGAUUGCACCAGGCAAAGUCGAUCUGGCUUUGUCGCUGAUUGGAUACGAGCACGAGGUCAACGCCGCCAUGGAGUACGUUUUCGGAUCAACACUUGUCUGUGAGGACGCCGAGACCGCUAAGCGUGUGACUUUUGAUCCCGCAGUGCGCAUGAAGAGUGUCACUCUACAAGGAGAUACUUAUGACCCUGCUGGUGUGUUGUCUGGUGGUAGCGCGCCUCAAUCUAGUGGGGUUCUCAUCACUCUUCAAAAGCUUAACGAGAUUACGACAGAGCUUGGUUCGCAAGAGUCCCAGCUCCGGUCUUUGCAGGAUACUAUGGCUAAGGAGAAGAAGAAGUUGGAUGCCGCACGCAAAUCGAAGCAGGAGCUCGACCUCAAAAGGCAUGAGAUCAAACUCACCGAGGAGCAGAUUGGCAGCAACUCCUCGUCAUCGAUCAUUCAAGCGGUGGAGGAAAUGAAGCAGACCAUCGCUCAGCUCAAGGAAGACAUCAAGGCGGCGAAAUCUCGACAAGAGGAAGCCAACAAGGACGUGAAGCGCAUCGAGCGCGACAUGAGCGAGUUCAGCAAUAACAAGGACAGCAAACUUGCCGAACUACAGUCAUCACUUGACAAACUCAAAAAGGCUUUGAACAAAAAUAGCGCUUCCAUCAAGCCACUGCAGACCGAGAUGCGCGAAGCCAUGGUCGAAUCUGAGCAAUGUGGUAGCGACCUUGCGGCAGCACAAGAGCAGCUCGAGGAGGUUCAGACCACCCUGCAAUCUCAACAAGCAGAGAUGGACGAGUUGUUGGCUGAACAAUCCCGUGUCCAGGACGCACACGACUUAGCUGCAGCCCAUCUGAGGGACGAGCAAGCGAAGUUGACCGGCUUCGAUGAAGAGCUUCGUUCGCUCGAAGACGCUAUCAGAUCAAAGAACUCAUCCAUCACCGAGGGUGGUCUGGAACAACAGAAGCUCGGCCACGAGAUCGAGAGGUUCCACAAAGAACAAGAAGGUGCUGCUAGUCAUGUCAAGGCGCUUGAAAAGGAAUACGAGUUCAUCGCAAAUGACGCGGAGCUCUUUGGACGCACCGGAACGGUUUAUGACUUCAAGGGCGUGAACAUGAACGACGCAAAGACUAGGCGAAAGUCGUUGGAAGAACACUUCCAGCAAAAGAAGAACAAAAUUAACCCGAAGGUCAUGGCUAUGAUUGACAAUGUUGAGAAGAAAGAGGCGAGUCUCAAGAAGAAUAUGCAGACGGUCAUCCGCGAUAAAUCGAAGAUCGAGGAGACUAUCGUCAAGCUUGACGAGUAUAAGAAAGAGGCGCUCCACAAGACAUGGACGAUUGUCAACCGCGAUUUCGGCCAAAUCUUCAACGAACUGCUACCAGGCAGUUUCGCAAAGCUGGAUCCUCCCGAGGGCAAGACAAUUUCUGAUGGUCUGGAAGUCAAAGUUAUGCUGGGAAAGGUGUGGAAGCAGUCACUAACAGAGCUAAGUGGUGGCCAAAGGUCACUUAUCGCACUAUCUCUUAUCAUGGCUCUUCUCCAGUUCAAGCCUGCGCCGAUGUACAUUCUGGACGAAGUUGAUGCUGCGCUGGACCUGUCCCACACACAAAAUAUCGGUCGUCUGUUCAAAACUCGCUUCAAGGGAUCGCAAUUCAUCGUCGUCAGUUUGAAGGACGGCAUGUUCCAGAAUGCGAACCGUAUAUUCCGCACACGGUUUGUUGACGGUACAAGUGUGGUACAAGCCACAUCAGGGUCUGGAUAG